UCCCUCCCCUGAAUCCGACUCUGGCUGCUGCGUCAGGGAAAAAGUAAGCGACAGGUGGCACCUGCCUAUAGGGCCGGGGCACGACCACCUGCCGCUGCUGCUCACCCUGAGCCCCUCUCCUGGCACCUGCUUCUGUCAGUCCGCCCGCCGCUGCCCCUUUCGACCCCGCAGCCCCAGGACGUGGAGGAGGAGCGAGCCGGGAACCCCGACUUCCGCCCCGCCCCAGGCCCUCCCAGUCCGUGCUCCCGCCCCUUCUCAGGACGCCAGGAGGGGCUCCUGUCUCCCCCCCGCCCCUCUCCAUCGCUCCCGACACGCCCCCAAAAGGGGGGUACGAGGCGGUCCCAGGCUGGUAGGGCGGAGCCUGCCGCCUCCAACCUUGACUGCGGGACUCAACCCGCUCCAGAGCACAGCUGAGCCGAGCCCACCUGUCCAGGUCCCCAUCCCAGCCUUGGCAAUGACCCUGGCGGCUUCCUCCCAGCGCUCCCAAAUCAUUCGCUCCAAGUUCCGAUCUGGCCAGGCUCUCGGACACUCCCUGCCUGCCUUUCUCCUCCCACCUCCCUCCACAGCCCUCCAGCUUCGGAUCCACAGACGCUAUCAGGACACGAGCCUCUCAGGGUCCUCUGCUGCCUCGCCAUUCUCAGAUCCAGAUCCAUGGAUCUCAGCCACAGACCCGGCUCUGGCUCCGGCCCCAGCCUCACCCUCGAGCCCAGCGCCUUUCCUCUUCAGCCCUGGGGUCCUUCUCCCUGAGCCAAAACACUACCCUUGGCGGUCCCUGAAGAAGGAAUCUCCCAAGAUCUCCCAACAUUGGCGGGAGCCCAAGCCCAAGAAGAACUUGACAUACCACCAGUACAUGCCCCCAGAGCCGAGACAAGGGUCCAGGGCAGACCCCCAGGCUGAAGGGUCGGCCUUGGGUCCCCCUGGACCACCUCCAUGGGAAUGGACAAACUCACAGCAGCCACCUCCUAGGAUGAAGCCCAGUCCCCUCACUCCCUCCCCACCAGGAGUCCCCAGCCCCUCGCCCUCUCCACACAAGUUGGAACUUCAGACUCUCAAACUGGAGGAGCUGACGGUCUCAGAGCUCCGGCAGCAGCUGCGCCUGCGGGGCCUCCCGGUGUCUGGGACCAAGUCGAUGCUCCUGGAGCGCAUGCGCGGCGGCGCCCCGCCCCGCGAGCGGCCGAAGCCGCGGCGCGAGGACUGCCCGGCGGGUGCUCCCUGGCCUCGCUUCAGGCGCAAGGCUUUGGGAGCAGCCGGGAGGCCGGACUCGUUGAAGCCGAGUCCAACGUCUCACUCGCUGCCCCCUCCACGUGCCGCGGAAACCCUUGUGACGGCUCCGGCUCCUGCUUCGGCUCCGGCUGCAUCGACGGCUCAGGCUCCAGCUCCAGCUCCAGCGCCGAUCCCUUCUUCAGCACCAGCCUCGACAGCCCUGACGCUGGAGGAGGAGCUGCAGGAAGCUAUCCGCAGAGCGCAGUUGCUUCCGAACCGGGGCAUCAGUGACAUCCUGGACGAUCAGGUGGAGCCUGAGGACAUGCUGCCCCCCAUCCCCCUGGACUUCCCCGGCUCCUUCGACCUGCUGUCCCCCUCCCCGGACUCUGAAGGCCUCUCAUCUGUCUUCUCUUCCUCGCUCCCAUCCCCCACGAACUCCCCGUCCCCCUCUCCCAGGGGCCCCACCGACUCCUUGGAUUGGCUGGAGGCUCUGAGUGGGGGUCCCCCACUGGGCUGUGGCCCCCCAGCCCCCAGCAUUUUCUCUGCUGACUUAUCUGAUUCCAGUGGCACCAGGCUGUGGGACCUGCUGGAGGAUCCAUGGUGAUGGAUUUUGGGGUUUCCAGGGACUGUGAACUGGUGGGGAUGGAGAGGCCACAGAGAUAGACUCCCUGAGGGAGGGGUGGGAACAACCAGCAGAGUCCCUCCCACCACAGACACGAAAUCAGAGCCAGCUCUCAUCCCCACCUGGCCCCUGCACUGCUGCUGGCAUGGCAGCCUCCUGACCUCUGCCUGACCUCCGUAUGAUCCCCUCCAUGGCCGUGUAGUUGGGGGCAAAGAGGUUUCAUUUGCUGCUGACCAGGGCAAAACAAGCUGCUUGCUGCUUCCCUCAGAGACCUCAUGGAUGUUUUUGUUCCCACUUUCACCCCCCCCCCAUCCCACUGACUACAUGGAUGCCUGUUGCCGGGGAGUCUGGAAGGUGGUCCAUGCUUUUUGGAUGCAGGAGAGGGACAGGGAAGAGUAGGGAGAGAGAAUAGUCCGCCAGACCCUUGGCUUCUGAUUGGAGAUGAGAAAAAUCAGAUGUGUCCUAUCUGAGGUCAGAUUCUCUCGGAAGCAGAGUCUGAGACAAGAUUUGUGUAUCCAUGACUUAGGAAAGCAAUGCUCCCAGGGGAAACCAAUGAAGGACUAGAUGAAACAGGACGAGCUAGAAUGUGAUUUCAGGUGAAGUCCCAGCAUCAGCCUGAUCCCAUGGGGAGCUCUGGAGGAUAAAUUAAGUUGUAGAGUCUUUCCCACCUUGAGGCAAAGGGAACUGGGCCUUUGAGGCAAAGGGAGAUCCCUGUUUGGGUUUAUUAUUGCUGAAUAACAAACCACCCCCAAAUUUAGAGUCUUAAUUACUGUCUGUGAUUGUUCACAAUUCCAUGGAUUGACUGGGCUCAGUGAGGCACCAUAAAAUGUCAACUAAAGCUGCAGUCAUCUUAGGGCCCAACUGGGCUGGAACAUCCAAGAUGGCACACUCAGGUGCACCUGGCACCUUGGCAGGGAUGGCUAGUAGGCUUGACCCUACUGGGCUGUGGGAUAUCUGGACUUCUCUCAUUCUCCGUGUAGUCUCAGUGCUCUCCCUCUCCAUGUGGUUUCUUUCUCCAACAGAUAGCUGGCCCCCUGACAUGGUAGCUCAGGGCUCCCCAAAGUGAGCAUUCCUAGGGGAGGAAGCAAAAACUUCCGGUCUCUUAAAGACUAAGCUUGGAACUGGCACAAUGUCACUUCCACCACAUUUUAUUGGUUGAUGCAAGUCAAGGUAGCCCAGGCUGAAUAUGGGAGAAGACUACACAAACGUACGAAUGUCGGGGCUAUGGUCAUCGGCCACUGUCUUUGGAGACCUGCCCCUACACCCCUCUAGGCUGUCGUGGGCCACAGGUCACAAGAAGGGGGCAGGAUAUAAACUCCAGGCUCAAGGGCAGUCCUGGGAACAAGGUUGCAGGGUAAGCCCUUAGCGGCAAACUGCUUUAAAAUAUAGCUUUAUUAUCAUUCAGGUAUGGUGAGGCCAAUAGAUCGGGAGACAAUUGCCCUUGAAAAGAUAGUUUGUUAUUUUCACACAUCCCAAAGGAAGGGGGCACGCCAAGCUAUGCAGGGCACCAGGGUCAGUCAGGAGUUAGAGGGGAAGAGGAGAAACUUGGACAAGAGUCUUUACUGUGGUUUCCUUGGGAAGGAACAGAUGAGGCAGGGUAAGCUUAGGGUUGUCUAGUUUGAAUAAUUUCAGCAGGCUCUGGGGUGUGAGGGUUGCCCCCAGUUGCCUGGAACUUGGCCCUGGGGUGAUUAGGCAGAUGAGUAGUGGCCUGAAGUACAGAAUGCCAUAAAGGAAGUGGUUGGGGGUAUGGGCUCUGGGUUGGUUGCUUUGCAUGUGAAAGGCAUACUUACAUGGCAGUCCUUUAUUACCUCUAGGAAUUGGCUAGCCCUGGGAGGGGCAGGCCCUCCAAUGUCAGCAAGGCCCCAGAUGUCAAAGUACCAGAAAUACAGAAAUAAAAAGCCACGAUUAAUGCCUAAAGCACACAGAGGCCGGGUGUUGGGUGCACAGGACUGGUAAGAGGAAUCUGAGGGGACCUGGGCAGGCUGCCAACAGUGUCCACUACAGGUGGGAAUGUACAGUGGAUUAGUUAUGUGUUACAGGACCUGGAACCAGUGACUUCCUCUGGCUUGCUGUCAUGUCAGUUUCCUUAUUUGUACUUAACAGCCCAGUGUGGCUGAGAGAGUUCACUGAGAAUGUCCAUGAACUGGACCUGGCAUGUGACAUGUGAUGAUAAACAUUAAUCACCAUUAUUAGCUGCUGAUCGACAAUUCUAGUGCCUCGAAGUGUGUAAACUCUGGUGAACAUUGACGAUCCGAGAUAAAAAUGGAAGGGAACAAAUGCUCGUUACCAUGAGGCAAAGGGAAUCUUUGAUGUCUUCCAAACCGAUCAGGUAGAAUUUGUCCUCCUUACUUUCCAGAUGAAUUAAUUAAAGAUCAGAGAAGGGGAGCAACCUGCUCAGUGUCUCACAGACAGGAGGUGUUGGAGUAGGGUUUUAAAUCAGGUUAAUAUGUCUACAGCCUGUGCCCUCAGGGUUGAAAAAUCAAAGAACCUCAAUCUCUGCUCUGGUGAAGCUCAGACAUUUGCAAAGAGAGUCCCAGUGCAGGGUGAUAGGUAUUUCCAUGGCAAUGGUACAAGGAAUAGGAGGGGCAUGGCUCCUAGAAAGUGACCAGAAGCUGCAGGGGAAUGGGACGGGGUGGUCAGAGAAAAUACUUUUGCCAAGACUCAAAGGGUGAGGAGGAGCUGGUCAGAGGAACCUCUUGGAAGACAGCAUCCUUGUAGAGGGAGAAGAACGUGCAAAAGCUUGAAGGCGUGAAGGGUGCUGCCACCUGGGGAAACUUGUGAGGUCAGGGUUCCUGGAAUAAAAGGUGGGUGUUGGUGCUGUGGCAGAAUUCAGGGCUGAAGAGGUGGGUGGUGGCUGAGUCCUGCAGGGCCCCUCACAUCAGGAUGAAAAUUGGUGGGAAAAGGGUACAGUCAGCCCUGGAAAGAUCAGAAGGGGUCUGGCAGGUCUUCCUCUGUCUCUCUUUCCCUUCUGACACUUCUAUGCCUAUACCCCUCUAUCAGUCUGUUCCCAUCUCUGCCUGCCUCUGUGUCUUCACUCUGUCCCCAUCUCUCCUGUGUCCAGAGGAGGGCGGCCUUGGGCUGAGAGCCUGUGGGCCCUGUGUGCAGUCUCAAAGAGAGGGCUAGGGGCGGCUAAGGAAUUCUCUGGCAGGUGGAGAUUUGAAAGACAGACCCACCCAGGAUUGCCAGGAAUGUGCAGGUUUGAGUCCGGAGUCUGAGGGACGGGCUUGGGUCCUGCAUUCUCCAUGGCCUGUCCCUCAGCCCUUUUCCGGACUUGUCAGCUACUUCCUCCUGCCCCUGAGGCAAGGACUGGGCCUCCCCCAAGGGGGUGGGGAAAAAUGAGGGCUGGACCUAUGGGGGAGCUGGGGGGAGGAUGAGGUCAGAUGGGGACCCCUCCCCCCACCAUGCUGUCAUCCCACGAUCUCAAGGGAAGCAUGAAAAAUACCAAGAAUAUAUUUGACAAAUUACCAAUUUAUUCUAUAGACAUAUUCCCCAGAAAGAUACAUUCAUAUUCACUGGGUAGACUGGAGAAGAAUAUAUUUUGCUUUUCUCCCCCUUCUCCCUCUCCCUCCUUCUCUUCUUCUUCCUCUUCUCUCCCCCGCCCCCCACCCCAUUUCUCCCUCCUUUCUCUGUUACCACAUAGCUAACUGGCUGCUUCCAAUCACUGACUUCUAUUCUAUUCUGCCUUUUAUCUCUACGUUAUUAUUAUUAUUAUUAUCAUUAUUAUUUGGCCUCGCAGUUUGUGGGAUCUUUGUUUCCCAACCAGAGAUUGAACCUGGGCCCUCAGCAAUGCAAGCAUGGGGUCCUAACCACUGGACCGCCAGGGAAUUCCCAUCGUCCACCUUAUUUUUUCCUUCUGCUUCACCAGAGAUGACCACCCCCCAGCUCCCAACUCCACCAACCACCUGAGAUCCUCGUCAUUAUCAAGCACAGCCUCUUAGGGACCUGUGGGAGAAUUUCUCUGGGAAACACACCCAGGAGAGCUUGACACAGAAGCAGGUGCCAUGGUGGUUGAGGGUCAUCUCUGGGGCCAGAUUCACCUGUGUGGACUUAUCUCUCCAUCACUAGCUGCCCGGCCUAGGGCAAGCCAUUUAACCUCUCUGUGCCUCAGUUUCUUCAUUCAUAUAAUGGGAACAAGGGCAGUAGUACUUUGUGUGAGUGGGGUGAGGAGUAAAUGAGUUAACCUGUGUAAGGUGCUUAGAACAAUGCCUGACGUAUAGUAAGUUCUCAUUAAGUGUCAGUGACUGUCACCUCCCCACAGGAUUGAUUGGAUUUUCACCCCUCUGCCAAAUGGCUGUGUCCCCCCACGCGACAACCGUGUGUGCACGAGGGUUGCCGUGCCCUUGGCGUUGUCCAGCUUUCUCAUUUUCAGUCUGUCCGCUGUUACCUCUUCUUCCUCUCAAAUCUUGUUUAUCCCUGAUGGUGGAUGAUGGGGGUUCCCAUACCUCAGACAGCCUGGUGAUGGAGACCUCAGAGCCAGGGCAGGGUGGGGUUAGAUGGCUGAACUGGGAGGAAAAGAGGGAAAUGGGAAUUGUGAACUUUCAUUCUCUAGGAGACAGGCUCUCUCCUUCCCUUGGGCAAACUGCUUCAGUGCCAAACCUUCAUUCAGACUUUGAACCCAGCCCCUCCCUAUCUGGGGACCCUAGAGAAGUCACUUCUCCUCUCUGACCUCGUAGAGGACCUGGUUCCUAGGUAUUUUCCCAAGAGAAGUGAAAACAUGUUUGCAUAAAGACUUGUACACAAAUGUUGAUAACAGCAUCAUUCAUCAUAGCUCUAAACUGGGGAGAGCCCAAAUGUCCAUCAGAUGGUGAACAGAUAAGCACCCCAUGGGACACCCACACAGUGAAAUACUACUCAGCGGGGAAAAGGUGGUGAAUGGUUGAUACCUGCAAGGAUAUGAAUGAAUCUCAGAAACGUGAUGCUAAGUGAAAGAAGUCAAACACAAAACACUAAACGUGGAAUGAUUCUUUAUGAUUCUAGAAAAGGCAAGACUAAAGUGACCAGGAGGUGUAACCAAGCAGGAUCCUAUGGGGCCUUCCCGGGACAGAUUCCCCCCAUGUCCUCCACAUACCUCUAGUCUGUAGAAAAACUUUAGCCUCCUAGGCCUUCCCCGAGUUACAAAGAAUAAAUUUUAUCAGAGAGGUGAGAUAUGCAGAAGCAAAGGAAAAAACAGUCUAGCAAGACAAAAUAAUAAUAGUUUAGCCAUUAAACAAAGUCAAGGACCUUUAGUUCCUCCUCAAGGGCUAUAGAUAACAUUCUGAGUCAUCUCCUUUGAGCUGUUUGGCAGAUACUGAAACCCCCACCAGGUGGAAGAAGUUAAUUGUGUGCUACCCACGAGAAUGUAGACCCUAGACUGGUUGGAACCGGAAGGUUGACAGUGUUGACUCUCAAUUACCUCACCACCAGCCAAUCAGGAGAAUCCAAGAGCUGAUCACGCACCCCACAACUCCUCUCCCUUACCCUGUCUUUAAAAACCUUUCCCUGAAAUCCAUUGGGUCUUUUAAGCACUAGCUGCCUGGACUCCUUGCUUGGUGCCCUGCAAUAAACACUGCACUUUCCUUCACCACAACCCGGUGUCAGUAGACUGACUUUACUCCACGUGGGCAGGCAGACCCAAGCUAGGUUCAGUAACAGAAGCAGCUCAGUGGUUCCUUUUAGUAUAUUCACAGAGUGGCCCAUCCAGCAGUGCAAUCAAUAUCAGAGCAUUUUCAUCACCACAAAAAGAAACCCCAUCCAUACCCAUUAGCAGUCACUGCCCAUUUCCCCCCAAACCUCUGCUCCUCCCACUAGGCAACCAGUAAUCUACUUUUUGUCUCUGUGGAUUUGCCUGUUCUGGAUAUGUCAUAUGAAUGGAAUCAUAUGUGGUCCAUCGUGUUCAGCUUCUUUCACUCAGCAUAAUGUUUCCAAGGUUCACCCACGUUUUAGCACGUACAGUAUUAAAAUGGAGCAGGACCCUAUGGUCCUUCCCCGCCAUGUCCUCUGCCUGCCUUUUGUCUGUGGAAAACCUUUAGCCAAAGAAUAAAUUUAAUCAGAGAAGUGAGAAGAUGCAGAAGCAAAAAAAGCAGUCAAACAGGACAAAACAAUAAUACAUUAGUCACUAAGCAAAGUCAAGGACCUUUCAUUCCUCUUCAAGGGCUAUAGAUAAUAUUCUGAGCCAUGUCCUGUGAUCCAUCUUGUAGAUACUGAAAUCCCCAUCAGGUGGAAGAAGUUAACUACAUGAUGACCAGAGUGUAGCCAUGACCUAGGCUGCCAUAAUUCUGAGAAUUGGCCUCAAGGAAAUGGGAACAAACUGACCCUGGAACUGAAGACUAACUGUACUUAAAACAAUCAGGAUGAUGCUGGUCAGACCACCAAUGACCAAUUUCAAGAUGACUGUCAGAGCUGACUGCUACUUCUGCAUGUAGCCCCCUCCCUCUGUCUAUAAAAGCUCUUUCCCACUGAGUGUCAAGGGGGGCGAGUUGGCCUUUGGACAGAAUUCCACCCUCACCCCCACCCCAGUUGCCAGCAUCCAAAAUAAGGCAAACUUUCUUUUCCACCAACUUUGCCUCUUUAUUAGCUUUUAAGCGGUGAGCAGCCAGACCCCCACUUUCGGUUACGGUAUGUCACUCGUUUUUAUGGCUGAAUAAUAUGCCGUUUUAUGGAUCCAGCAUAUUUUGUUCAUCCCUUCAGCAGGUGAUGGACAUUUGGGUUGUUUCCCCUUUUUGGCUAUUAUGAAUAAUGCUGCUAUCUAAUGGGUGGAUAUUAUUGUAUAUAAAUUGUAUUCACUAAAGCUGGGAAAUAAAGACCAAGCAGAACAAAACGAUUGUGUUUACAGACACAUCCAGAAAUGGUGAAAGGAUAAAGAAAGAUAGAAAUAUGCCAACAAAAGUGAGAAUCACCAUUAACUGCAGUGGAGGGAGAGAGGCUUUCUGGGUGUUUCCGUAUCCUGACAGCAUCCCAGGUGUGCAGUAAAGGGUUAACUCAACAGUCUUGGGGGGCUUCCCUGGCGGCGCAGUGGUUGAGAAUCCGCCUGCCGAUGCAGGGGACACGGGUUCGUGCCCCGGUCCGGGAGGAUCCCACAUGCCGCGGAGCGGCUGGGCCCGUGAGCCGUGGCCGCUGAGCCUGCGCGUCCGGAGCCUGUGCUCCGCAACGGGAGAGGCCACGACAGUGAGAGGCCCGCGUACCGCAAAAAAACCCCACAAAAAAACAGUCUUGGGGUGCUUAAACCCAGCACAUUCCAAAGAGAGUACUGACCAAUGAUCAGCUUCUGGGACAUAACCUCUAAGCUCUUGGCUUGUCCUACCUGAUAAGAGUGUCUUUGUUUACUUGGGGCCUUGGACCACAUGGUAUCAGCUUAACUUCUGGAGGUACCGGAGACUGAGUAGCUGAGGUCAGUCACGUGGGCAUUCAGCCAUUCCUACGUGACCAACCCACAGUAAAAAUCCUGGACGCCAAGGCUCGUGGGAGCUUCUCUGGUUGGCAAUACUUAGUAUGUGUUGUCACACAUCGUUGGCGGGAGACUUAAGUGCUGUCAUAUGACUCCACUCAUAGAGACAACUGGAAGCUUCCACCUGGUCUCUCCUGAACUCUACCCUGUGCACCUUUUGCCUUUGCUGAUUUUAAUCUGUAUCUUUUCACUGUAAUAAAACACAAACAUGAGUAUAA